GAGGCGAGAAUGACCCUCGAGCGGUCUUAUUUCUCCGUCGUAAGCAUGAGCGCGUCAGCGAAAAUAGGUGCUUUUACUGGUCCAUUCUCUCUAUCCGCCUCCCCGUAAGGUCCGCAGGCAGGGGCAGGAACUCUGCGUCUGUCCACGCUCAUAGACAAUUCCAAGCUCUAGUCUCUCCUUUUCUGCCCUGGCUAUCUAACUAUUCCACCUUGUCUCUUUUAUUUGUAACUGCCACGCGACAAAUGGCAAAUCCUUUGCCUAGCAGCCCUCGUUCAACAGAGAGCUUCGACUCCUUCCAAGGAGGAGACGAUGACCCAGAAUCCUCAAUAAAUGGCCUCGACUCGUCUGCUGCGCUUAUACUUGUGCCAGAGGAGGAACAGUUCGAUCAAGAGCUCUCUGUGUCGUUCGACUUCUCUAGUGACGAUGAAGACGAGGAAGACGACGACCAGUUCGAUCGCCUACGGACGUCAUCCAUACCGCCGUUAACCUCUUCUGCUGUAUUUCUAUACCUCUUUGCUCCUCUGUUGAAACUGGGAGCCAUUUUGACUGUCGACGAAAGCGGUACGCUACCGUUGAAGUGGGCCAUCCCGGCCUUGGUCAUUUUCGCUGUGCUUUGUGCAUUCACAAGGCAGAUAUGGUUUAUGCUGGCCAAAUAUGUGCGAAGAGCAGACAUGGAGGAGAUACUUCUGCAGGCGUUUGCCAGAAGGAGGGGAGAUGAACGCAAGAGGAGGAUAAUACGGACUGCUGUACGGUUCUGUACGGGUGCAUUCCGAGUCCUUCUGACUGUGGUAUACCUACGAUGUGAGUUCCAGGUGCUUCUCACCAUACAAAGUCUAAACUGUCGUACACUUGUAGCAUCUGUCGAUGUUCUGUUACCAUUGCUCCCCGAGAAGCUCAUUGUCCCUUCCCGCUACCCUCUUACCGUUGUGGUUGCACUCGUCAUCUCUCCUCUAUGUUUUGCCCGGUCGAUCGCUACCGCCAGCGUGCUUUAUGCUACCUGGCUAUCUAUCGCUACGUUUGUAGCAUGGAUGGCUUGUACGGCAUAUGCCCAUGCUAAGGGUAUAUUGACGACGAACCCCGCUGGAGACUCUUUGGGUCCGCUGUGGCAAGGCAUCAGCGUCAUUGCUUUUGCUUUCACCACCUCCUUCACUCUCCCACUCUACGCUGCUCUUCGAGGGUCAGUCCAACCGGGCGUACCAAAAUCUAAGCGAGCCAACUCCUUCAAGCUCCUCUCCGUGCUAUCUGUAGGACUUGCCAUCCUUCUCAUUAUUCCUCUUACAUUUUUCGAAGCAACGGAUUCACCCGUAAGCACUUCCCCCUUCCCUCUAUGGUGUGCUUACCCGAUUCCAAUUCUCCAGCGUGAUGUACAGACCUCUGCGUCAACCCCGUUCAAAGCCCUUGUAGCGUUAUUGAAUGCUACAACACUUGCUUUGACGAUCCCGCUUGUUGUAAUAACGGCACCGAGUGUACCAUUACCGAUGGUCCUGAGACGGACGGAGUUGCCUGUAUCAAAAAUUCUGUUCUUUAUUGUUGCGAUUGCGUUGGCAAUGGUCCCACCACGAUUGGCACAUAUCUUGAGCGACAUCGUACUGGUAUCCGCGUUCUUCAAUACAUACUUUCUUCCAGGUAUGUCUUUCUUCUGCAUAUCGUCUUUUCACAAGGAAACUAAAUCGCUCUUAGCAUUUAUUCACAUCAUUAUGCAUAACUUCCGGAGCCCACUUUCCAUCGUCAUCCCGCCAAGUGCACCUGUCACUCCCAACCCCGCUCGGGAAGCAUCUAGCCCGGUCAGUGCGUCGCGAGACGACGAACUCCUUCAACGAAAGGAACGUACCUUGCAAAGACGUCGACUGACUAGACGUAUCGUUUGGGAUAUUGGUGUUUGGGUAUUAUUGGUACCUGUAGGUGGAGGAGGGUUAGUUUGGGCUGGUGGCAGGAUCGCUGGUCGAUGGUAAGAUUGUACAGGUGCGGAGUGUUUUCAGUAUGAAUGGAUGUGUAUAUGUGAUCGUAUCUUGUGUAUUUGUAUCAUUAUUGACACUCUUAGUUUUGUAUCAUAGGGAUGAUUCCACUACAUCCUCAUUUCUCGUGCGGACAUUUUCUAUUAUAUUGGGUUUAGGUUGGCUCAGUCAUAGCGACAUGUAAGUAACUAAGUAGUCAUUCGCAGUGUGCUCAUUGUCAAGGACAUCAAACCAGUUGAAUCCUUGAUCAG